UUGAUGUACUUGUGUGAAAAGUGGGGCUUAUAAAUAAACGAAUGGUUCAAUAAGCUGGGGCCUGCCAGGUUGCCGCUGGGCUGCUGUCAUCCCUGAACAUUGGCCGGCCUGGCUGGGGCAGAUGGGAGUUCUACCCCAGGGAGCCAUGGGGGGGGGUUGCUGCUGUUCCCCAAGGCCGGCGCUGCUUCACGGCGUGGUGCAAGGCAGGAGGAGCAGAAGGUGCCAUUAGAGCAGGCUUUGUGCCCCAGGGUCCCUCGCAUCGCCACAGGAAGGCCACCAAUCCAGCGUGGGGCACCUUUGGGCCUCCCAAUGUAUCAGCCCCAGCCAAAGCAUGGCUGGGGAUGAUGGGAGUUGUCCUUCAGCAACAUCAGGAGGGCCAAAGGUGUCCCACGCCAGCAUGCACAAUAAAUAAAAGAUUGUGGCACAAGAAGGGCUUCUUGCACUGAUUCUCCACACACACACACCCAAAAAGCAGUGAUUAAGGUGGUGUAUGCACUUUACAUGUAAAGCACAUCUCUCUGCCCUGAAUCCUGGGAACUGAUAAGGCUGCUGGGAAUUGUAGCCCUGAGGGAAGUAACCUGCAAUUCCCAGGACUCUUGGAGGGGUGUGUGUGUGUGUGACUUACAUGUAUGUACGUGUAUGUAAAUGUACAUGCAGCCAGUUAUAAAACAGAGUCCAGUGGAGGACUGGGAGGUUGCUGUUUAAUGGCAGCUCGGAGCAGCAGCCAGGGCACACCAUGCUGUCCUGCUAAGUGCCUGAGUCUGUGGAAGGGGAGAAACCUCUGGAGGUUUUUCAGGAGGGUAACUGAGGGGCAGGGGAAGCUGGGGUGUAAGUACGCAGUGUUGUAAGUACACAGUGGAAAUGAGUUUAAAAUGGUAAUUGAAGGCCGCUUCUCAAGGCAACCACAGGAUUUUGGCAAGCAGUUUCACUUGGGCUGCCUCACAUUGUUAACAGUAUCAAAGAUAGAUACAAACCUAAAGGGUGUUAGUAAAUCAAUAUUUACACAAUUUGUUUGCUAUGUUCUGUUACACAGUUACCACAAAGGCAUCACAAUGAGGUAAUGGUUGAAUUCAUGCAUUAUUAUCCUGGUCUAAUAAACCAUGUGUUAUUUGGCCAGGAACUACUUUUGUGUUAACUAACACACUGAGCGUCAGCGCCGAUAUCCUGCAAGGUUUUCUGGGAAACUAUGAAUCACCAAGCCAAGAGAUCAGUGCCAAACCUGGGUACAUAGUGACAAGUGGAGUGGCAACAGGGGAGCAAGAAGGAUGAGAGCAAGAUGGACUUCUUGAUCCUCUUCCUCCUCUACAUGCUUCUGGUUCUGCUGAGCAUCCCCUUUGUCUGUUUCUAUUCUGGAAGGAAGCAAAGCUUCCCCUCAAGACUUGCCACUUCAGUAACUAAGGUGUUCUCGUAUGUAAUCCCAUCCAGAGUUCAAGGAGCUGUUCAGAGGGUUCUUCGUAGACUCUUCCAUAGCCGAAAUUGUUUAUUCAUGGUCCUGCACUUGGUCUUGGAAGCCUUGGUUUAUGGCGAGUUUUCCUGGGAAGUGUUUGGCUACUGCCAGGAACUGCAGUUCAGUACCCUCUUUCUCCUCUUCCCUUAUUUUCUCUUGACCGUGAACGUGGGGUUCUUCAUUCUGUGCUCCAGGACAAAUCCAGGUACCAUAACCAAAUCUAACCAGGCUUUGUUUCUCCAUGUAUAUGCCUAUGAUGGUGUGAUGUUUGAGAAAGGUGUUGAGUGCUCCACUUGCAAAGUGAGGAAACCUGCCCGAUCCAAGCACUGUGGUGUGUGCAAUAGCUGCGUGCAUCGUUUUGAUCAUCACUGCGUUUGGGUCAACAACUGCAUUGGUGCCUUCAAUAUCCGCCAUUUCCUGGUCUACCUCCUUACCUUGACCUCCAUGGCUGCUUCCAUUGCAGUCUUAACAGCCACCUUCCUCAUCCAGGUGGUUAUUUUGUCAAAUAUGAUGCUGGGACAUUACACUGAUGACCAAGGCCAAGAGCACCCAGUUGAUGCCUUCUUCGUUAUUCAGCACCUGUUCCUGACUUUCCCCAGGGUCGUGUUCAUGCUGGGCUUUGUCACCGUCCUCUCAAUUGUACUGGGCUCCUAUUUGUGUUUUGCCCUGUACCUGAUCCUGACCAACCAGACAAGCAACGAGUGGUUCAAGUCAACGAAGUAUCAGUGUUCAUGCUCAGAACCUUACAGCAGACAUGGUGGUUACAAAAAUAUUUACUCCAGAGGCGUCUGGGGCAAUAUUACAGAAAUUGUGACACCCCUUAUGAGCCCCGAAAAGAAGAAAAGGUGAUGUGCCAUCCAUACCAGUGGACUGUAUGCAUCUUCCCAAGCCACAGAAGGAUAAGGGAGAAUAAACCUGGUGCAGCAGUAGGCAAUGGUGCCCAUCAGUACCUCUUAUGGUGCCUGUGAAAGGCCUCAGGAAGUGUCCCCUCAAAAGUCCACAAUGCACAAGAGGCUAUUUGCACUGGCUUGGCCUCUCCUGCUUUGAGCGCACCCACUUGAACAUGCCCACAUUUCACUGGGUAGGCAGGGAGAAAGAGCUGGCAUCUAAAAUACAGUAAGUCCUAACUGCUGCCAGCUUCUUGAGACUUUACACACUGCACCAGCUUCAACUCGUGAAAACUAGAAACUUGUCAAGUGAAAACUUUUUAAGGAGACUUUUGCACAACUCAAUACUCAUUUCAAUAGUCUUUGCAUAUACAGAUUCCUGUUGAGUUGCAAUUCAGUCUCUGGGAUAAGGGAAGACAACUUUAAAAAAACCUUUAAGCCAGUAAUAGCCUUCUUUUUAUUACAUCAGAAUUAUGUAGAAAAUUAUGUAUUUCAAAAUCAUUAUUUACAACCUGCACAAUAAGCAAUUAAAAGCUAUAUGGUUACAAAAUGUACAGCGUGGCC